UCCCUCUCUUUUUCUCUCUCUUCCAUCUCCUUCUUCACAUUCCAUCGGCCAUAUAUAGUAUAUAUGUGCACUACUGUAGGCAGCAAACAAGUACUUCAAUACUACGAGGUGUUCAUCAUCAUUUAGCCAAAGUCUGAACAUAUAUAACUAGACAACUCGUUGUUUCAUAUUAGAAGCUAGAGCUUGAGGGAAGCAGCUGGGAAUAGAGGUGAAGAGAGAGGCCAUGAGAAUGAGAGGGUUUGAAAGGAAAGGAAUCCGGCGGUACAACCGGUCGGAGGUGCCGCGGAUGAGGUGGACGGAGGAGCUGCACCGGCAGUUCGUCGAGGCCGUCGAGUGCCUCGGUGGCCAGGACGAAGCAACUCCGAAGCGAAUUCUUCAGUUGAUGGGCGUGAAAGGAGUUAGCAUAUCCCAUAUCAAGAGCCAUCUUCAGAUGUACAGAAGUUCUACCAACAGCAGCACCCAUCCGGCCAGCCUCCAGAAAUUGACAGAAACCACAACAAGCAACAGCAAGCGCGUGUUUGUGAACCGUGAAGAUCACUGCGUUUAUGCGUCACAGGAUGGAAACGUGACAGCUUCAGACAAGAACAUUUACACCAUGUUCCGUAGUUGCAGCCAGUCAUCACCAUACGGAAUACCAUCGCUAGGGGAAGUAUACAGAAGCUGGGAACAAAAUAGAGGGCGUGUUCCUUGGGACUCCAACGUGCUGACAAGAGAAAAGGCGUUUCGGCCAAGUCACACUUCCAACAAGAGGCCUGCGAAGGAAACGGGCUGCGACCUGACGCUGUCGAUCGGCCUGUGGGAGGACGCGAGCAGCGACGCCGACGGCUCGAGCACGAUCAGCGAGGAGCACGCCGCACCGCCGAGGGACGAGGCGUUCGGCUCGUCUCCGGCAGCAGGCGCUCACUCUGACGCAACAGUGAAGGAGGAGAACAAGCCCGCACUGAACCUGGACCUGACCAUCUCGUCGUCUUGGCUCGCCUGAGUCCUAACGCCGGUGCUGUGCAUGGCAGCACACGUACGAACGCUCGUGUACAGUUAUAUGGACGCGUGCGGAGCAGGAGCAGCAGACUCAGACUGUGUGAUCAGGCUUCAGGCGUUGUAUGUUAUGGCGUCGUAGUAUCGCUAGGUUGCUCGGAUUUUCGUGUCCUCUGCUUUGCCAUUCCAUUCUAGUUCUUUUAGCUUUGUAUAUUUUUUUGGUCUGCUCGAUUAGAGAUGAGGCUUCAGACGAGGAUGGGUGAGGAAUUUUGUCUCUCAUUUGUAUUUCUUUCCUCCGGAGAGGGCGCUGUACACCUGAGUUUCUCACCUGUCAUCGUCUGAGAAGUUUUAUUUCUGAUCGAUUUGUCUCGAACCUUAGUAUGGCGUAUGGAUCAGUGGAUGUUAUUAGCGGUAUCUAUUUCAGUGAAUGGUUAGGGCAGAUAUACCGACAUUGCUCACUAGCUGUUUUGUCAAUUUAUUGCUCUAAGUUACUCACUUUUUUCUUAUAUUAUAUCA